AUGUCAUCAGAUUUACAAGGUAUUCUACUUUUACCUAAUGCUCGAUUGUCAAUCCUCCUACUCCUAGAGUCUAUCAUUCGACCUGUCACUACAAUGCUUCAUGAUUCAGAUCCUGGCUACUCAUCAUCGACGACGAUUGGUCCUUCUCGCCGUGAUUACCAGUACAAGCAUCAGCAGCAAUUCGAGAUAACCCAGCCCCUGACUGACAUCGUCCUGGCCAUCGCCAACCAAGCCCACCCAAGCUUCCAUCAGAAGCUCCUCCCAUCCACUGAGAGGCCGAACCAGGUCGUCCUGGCAGCGAACAAGGCUAGAGCCUCGCCCCAGAGCGGAGGGUCUUAA